CAAAAAAUAGAUAUACAAAGACUAGCAAAAUGGCUUUUGCCCAAUCUUUCGACAACCAAAGCUCUGAUUUAAGAAUCAAUGUUAUGGUCGUGGACGAUGAUCCUGUUUUCCUAGGAGUUGUGUCACGCAUGCUCGAAAAAUCCAAAUAUAGAGAUCCGUCGUUUAAGGAGAUCUCAGUUAUAGCUGUACAAGACCCGAUCGAAGCAUUGUCUACUCUUAAAACCCAAAGACACAAUAUCGAUCUUAUAGUCACAGAUUAUUACAUGCCUCACAUGAACGGUCUACAACUCAAAAAGCAAAUCACUCGAGAAUUUGGCAAUAUACCGGUUAUAGUCAUGUCAUCGGACAGCAACAUAGAACAUGAGAGUUUGGCUUGUGGAGCAAAGUGUUUUCUUCCAAAACCCAUCAGACCAACUGACAUACCCCAGAUCUACCAAGUUGCUUUAACUUAUAAGAGGAAUGAUAAGUCCAUAUUAUGGACCGAACCCAACUACAGGGACACAGAUGUUAGCAUCCCUCAGCAAAUCCAGUUACUUACUGAACAAGCUAAUGUCUUGAAGACCAAUAAGAGGUUCUCACCUAUAACGGAUUCAAGACCCGUGAACAGUUCAAAUGGAAGUUAUGUUAGUACAGACGGUUCAGGAGAAAACCGAAAAAGAAAAUCAAACGGUGGUUCUGAUGAUGAUUCGCGGCCCUUGAAGAAGCCUAAGAUAAAGUGGACGGACGGUCUUCAUGACCUUUUCCUACAAGCUAUCCGAUAUAUUGGUCUUGACAAGGCUGUGCCAAAGAAAAUCUUAGAGUACAUGAACCUACCGUACUUGACAAGAGAGAACAUAGCCAGCCAUUUACAGAAAUAUCGAAUAUUCUUAAGGAAAGUUGCUGAACAAGGUUUUUCAUGUUCAAGAAUGUUGCCGACUAAAGGCAUAGACUCGAUAUUUCUGCAGGCUCACCUCAGAGAUCCGUACUACAACAACAACGCACCAUCUUCUUCUUUGUACGACACAACUAUUAACAAUAGAUCAUUCUAUUCCAAAUCCGGACAAGGUUAUGGACAGUCUAGACUCUUAUCCAACACAGCUGAGCCCGUCCGCUUCAACCAGAUGCCUUACAACUACAUGAACCGGUCAUCCACCUAUGAGCCGCGAGGUAUUCGAUCAAACUUAACCAUUCCCACCAAAAGCAACCUCAGUUUCCCAAUCCAACCAUCUCAAAACGAAGGAAGAAGAAGCCUUUUCGAACCAACCGUGAUGGCGAACAAAACUGUCCAAACAUCUCAAGUUAUGGGGUUUGGACAUGGACUUUCGGCUAUUAAUGGUACUAGUUUCAACAAUAACAUGGUGAGCAGCUAUGAAAGAUUGACCCCUACUCAACCAGGAAUAAUGAGCUAUGAAAAUUUAACUCCUAGUCAACCAGGAGUGAGAAGCUAUGUAAAUUCAACUUUUGAUCAGCCAGGAAUGAACAACCAUGGAAGUUUGACUCCUGACCAACAGGGAAUGCGCAGCUACAGAAGUUUAACUUCUAAUCAACUAGGAGUGAACAUCAAUGGAAGUUUUUCUCAAACUCCUAAUCAACCAGGAAUGAGUAGCUAUGGAAUUUCAACUUCUAAUCAACAAAGAAUGAACAACAAUGGAAGUUUGACUGCUGACCAACAUGGAAUGAGUAGCUAUGGAAGGUUAACUUCUAAUCAACUAGGAAUGAGCAGCCGUGGAAGUUUAUAUCCAAAUCAACCAGGUCUGAACAGUUAUGGAAGUGUAACUUAUAAUGCAAGUGUAAACAUCCAUGAAAGUUUAACUCCUAAUCAACCAGGACCUAGCAACUUCUCGUAUGGGAUGCAAAUGUUCUUAAACAACGAGAACACUGCAUAUAAGCCUCAGGCACAUGACAAUGCAACUACACAGCCAAAUCUUGAAAUUCCUCAACUGGAGAAUCUCAGCUUGUGUGAUUACCUCAACAAUACUGAUGAGCUUUUUUGCAAUAUAAGUAACCUCCAGAUCGACCACAACAAGCAACAAGAAGAAGCAGUUUCUACCAACAAAUUUGAGCUCCCUGCAAAUUUUGAGACUGAACUGAAUCAGUUUUUUUCUCUUGAGGAAAAUGGUGACGGGAACUUUGUGAACAUAAAUCAGGGACGUUCUGAUGGAGAAACAUCAAACAUUGUUGCUGCCCCGGAGACGAAUUAUCCAGUUUUCAACAUGAACCCUAAUCAUGAGCAGGAACAAGGUGUUCCAGAUUUUGUCGAUUGGUCGUCACUGGAUCCGAAGGAUUUUGCUAAUGAGUACGAUUUCGUGGACUCGCUGUUAACCAAUGACAUGAAUUAGCAAAGGUUCGAUCCAAGAUGGUCUCAAAGCGAGGUGGAGAAAUAAAACCAGCAAUGCAUAGUAGGUUCUAAGCAAAU